CCUGCCGCCGAGGUAAGAGCGACACCGGCCUUGCAGGCAUGGCCCCUCUGGCGGGGGCCGGGGCUGUGCUCGCCGGCGCGGCCGCUGUCGCGCUGCUCUCGGCCGCGCUCGUGCUCUACGAGCUGCCGCUGGACGCAGUUUUACAAAGAGCAUUUUCACUGCAUACAGCACAUUCGAUAAAGGAUAUGGAAAAUACUUUGCCGCUGGUGAGAAAUAUUAUACCUCCUCAAACUUCCAAGAAGCACAAAGGCCAAGAUGGAAGAAUAGGCGUCGUUGGAGGCUGCCAGGAGUACACUGGAGCGCCCUACUUUGCUGCCAUCUCAGCUCUCAAAGUGGGUGCAGAUUUAUCCCACGUGUUCUGCACCCGGGAGGCUGCGCCUGUGAUCAAGUCAUACAGCCCGGAGCUGAUUGUUCACCCAGUUCUCGACAGCCCUGGCGCCGUUCAUGAUGUGGAGGAGUGGCUGCCCCGGCUGCAUGCCCUGGUCGUGGGACCCGGCCUGGGUCGAGAUGGUACUCUUCUCAAAAACGUUAAGGGCAUUUUAGAAGCAGCCAAGGCCAGGGACAUCCCCGUCGUCAUCGAUGCAGACGGGCUGUGGCUGAUCGCUCAGCACCCAGCCCUCAUCCAGGGCUACCGGAAGGCUGUUCUCACUCCCAACCACGUGGAAUUCAACAGACUCUCUGAAGCUGUGCUGAGAGAGCCUGGGAACGGCAGCGAUCGAGAAGCUGUACGGAGACUCAGCCAGGCCUUGGGGAAUGUGACGGUGGUCCGGAAAGGGGAGCGGGACGUGCUCUCGGACGGUGAACAGGUGCUCGAGUGUGCCCAGGAGGGCAGCAGCCGCCGGUGUGGCGGCCAGGGAGACCUGCUGUCAGGCGCCCUGGGUGUCCUGGUUCACUGGGCACUGCUCGCCGGACCCGAGAAGACAAAUGGGUGCAGCCCUCUCCUCCUGGCUGCCGUGGGUGCGUGCUCUCUCACAAGGCAGUGCAGCCACCAGGCCUUCCAGAAGCACGGCCGCUCCACCACCACCACCGACAUGAUUGCGGAGGUCGGGCCCGCUUUCCGCAGACUCUUUGAAGCCUGA